CUACGCUCCUUCUCACACUCAUUCCUGAAGAUAUCUCUUCACGGCUCUCAUUAUUUGUUUUAUCUAUAAUUAAUCUGUAUACUUAAUCAACAUGCGGUCCUCCACUUCAGCUUCAUCUCUAAUCCUCUUCUCCUCCCUCCUCUCCGCAAGCUCCGCACUUCCAGACAAAUUCUCCUCCCACCUAACCCUCACAAUGCCCUGGCACCCCCCACCAGCACCGAACUCCGACCUCCGCCUCAAAAACAGAAUGCUAAUGCCCGACUCGCCUCGACCUCCUCAAUCCCCUUCCUGGUCCGUUGGCACCCAGCUGCCCGUCUCCUAUCGUGUCGCGAUAGCCGUCGAUGCAUUCGUGCUUGUGAUCACGAUAUUGAGUCUUGUGGGACUGGGGGUGUAUAUUAGGCGGCAGCUGAAGAGGCGGAGGGAAGGGUUGUUGGGUGAUGUGGAAUAUAAUUUUGAUGAUUCGAGUUCGGAGGAUGAAGUGGAUAGUAAGCAAGAGGAGGCGGCGAUUGAAAGCGGGAUGCCUAAUGGAGUGGAGAAGAAGAAGAAAGGACAUGUGCGGUGGACGAGCUCUGUUGUCGGGAUGGGCGUAUUUGCGCGGAUGAGCGUUGAUGAGGGAAGGGUGAAGCUUGAGGGAGGGGAGGGAAAUAAGGGAUGGAAAUAUGACCCGAGGGAUGCGAGAGCUGGGGCCAAGUAUGAGGUUAGAGGCGAUGAGAGGCAGACGAGGGUUAAUUUGAGGGUUGCGGCUGGGUAUGAUGGAUUUAGAGGUAAUUAAUUAUACAUAAUUUGGGGAAGGAACAAGAGACUUGGGAGGAUGGAAGGGGGCAUUGGAGAUUUCGAAUUGAUGAGACUUUUGGCGGCAUAGCGUUGUGAGCAUUUUUGAGAUUGGGUUGUUUCAAUGAGAGAUGAUUUUAAGCGUAGAGUUCAAUAGAU